GCACAUAACUAAAACCUCAGAAAUAAGGCAAAGCUACUCGUUUUAACGGCGUUCGCGUUUACGUGAAGUUUCAGAACGCUGCUUUCCACAUAAACCCCGAAUAAAACAUAGAACUAGUCUUAUGGUAUUUAAUUAUUAUUUUUUAAUAAUCUAAAAAUUCUAAAACUGUACGUGGACGUCUACUUUAUAAGGCAAAUUAGGCUACAUGGUAGCUAUAUCAAAUUGCAUCCAAAUUCAGUCAAAUUUUAUUUAUUUGGUGUAGGUAUAGUACCGGCUUCCUGGAGAGGAGGAGAUUCAAAUGGAGGUGCUUUAAGGUGUGUCUGGAGUUUAUACAGAUGAAACAGAGAUGAUAUCAGUGAUGGAGGGAGAUUCUGUCACUCUAAACACUGAUGUUACUGAAAUACUGAGAGAUGAUCUCAUAGUGUGGACAUUUAGACUCAACAGUUCAGACACUGUUAUAGCUGAAAUCUAUAAACUGAUCAUCUCUAUAUAUGAUAAUAAAGAGAACAAUGAGAGAUUCAGAGACAGACUACAGAUAGAUGAGCAGACAGGAUCUUUGACCAUCACAAACAUCAACAGAUUACACUCUGGACAUUAUAAAGUACUGAUCAAGAAUGAAGACGUCAAACAGAGGAGUUUUAAUAUUUCUGUCUGUGGUAUUCUGACUGUUCCUGUCAUUAUCAGAGACACUUUGCAAAAUUCUUCAUCAUCAUCAGGAUCAUCCAGAUGUUCACUGCUGUGUUCAGCAGUGAAUGUGGGUCAUGUGACUCUCUCCUGGUACAAAGGAAACAGUUUAUUGUCCAGCAUCAGUGUGUCUGAUCUCAGCAUCAGUCUCUCUCUACCUCUGGAGGUGGAAUAUCAGGAUAAAAACACCUACAGCUGUGUGCUGAACAAUCCCAUCAGAAACCAGACCAAACAUCUGGACAACAUCAGUCAACUCUGUCAGCCAAAUUCAGCAGAAUCCAACCAAACUUCAUUCAUUGUUGUAUCUCUGCUGCUGCUGCUGCUGCUGCUGUUCACAGUUGUAGUCGUGUUGAUCUUCUGUCGCCGCAGGAAAUACACACAGGCAAAACAAAAGGCUCAGUCUAAUGAAGAAGAGGUUGAUUAUACUGAUGCGACAUUUAUUAAACACAGAGCUCCGGACACGUUCAUUUCAUUACAGGAGGCUGAUGGACGAGAUCAGACGGUGUAUUCAGAAGUCGCUUUGAGAUGAUGAUGAUUAUUCAGCCUGUUUUAUCAUUUAUCAUACAGAUCAGUUUAUUACAGGACAGAUCAUGUUGAGGUUUAUGUCAGUAUGUAGCAAAGCUCAAAACCUCCAAGUUAAACAAAUGCACUGAUUUAAGCUCUGUUUGCUACUGAUUAAUAUUAAGAUGAAUUUAAGCAUUUCAUUUUAAGUAUUUUCUAAAACAGUUUAAUCUUUACUAAAAGGCCACAUGUCUGUAGAACACAACCGAUAAAAAGACAUGCUACUUUUUUCUUCUUUUGUCAUCAAGGCCACAUGUAAUAUGAGGCUAAAUGUGUUCAGUACUGUAUGUGUGUUGAUGGCUCCCUCUGCCGACUGUAUGAGAGACUUACAGGAAUCAAUGUUAUAAUGGGUUUGACUGGUCAUGUUAGAUAACCAUAACCACUGUCUGUGGGACAAAAAGCAUCUUUCAAAAGUGUGAAUAAUGUAACUGAAUGAUUUUAAAAGCCCUGCUCUACUAUAGACAAGAUCAUUAAUACAGGUCAUUUUUAAUUUAUUGAUGCCUACCAGUAUUGUAAAUUAUCAGUUCAAAAUGGUAAUCUCAGAUUCUUUAGAUUAUUAAUGUCAUUUAGUGGUGUAAACUGUGUAGGUAUUUACACAUUAAACAUUGUAAUGUAAUAUAAUCGACAAGCAAGAAGUCUGCAUUCAGAAGUGAACUCUUCAGGUACUUAGCCAACAUGUGAUGUUAUUGAUGAAUGUGACGCAUUUAGUUUUUAUUUUCAAAGGUGUUGUAAUGUAAAACCUGGUAAAUAGUGCACUAUUUAAAAAAGUUUUUGCAAUGUCCAUCAGUAUUAUUUAUGUCUGUAUAAUGCGGUUAAUUUAUGGACACCAGAUGAAGCGCUUGAGAAAAUAUGAUAAACAUCAGUAACAUCUGAAUGAGUAUCUCCUGACAAACCCAGUUCAAGUGAUUUAAUAUGACUGAUGAUUUUAGUUUUAGCUUUAUUCAGAUUGUUUGAGUAUAGUCAUUUUAGUAAUGUGCUGACACCUAAUGGCUGCCUGUCACUUUAUUAAUUAUUAUUAUUAUUAUUAUUUUUUAAGCCUGUUUGUUUUUUUUGUGAUAUUUUAGGCAAGAAGUUGCUAUUCACUGAACAAACAUUAUUAAACAUUCUCUCUGCACUGAUAAUGUCGUCUCUAUGCCACAGUGAAGCCCAGAUGUAGAGGCUGACCAGGAAACAGCAUCAGUAUCUCUAUAAAAUGAUAUAGCUAUACUGCUGUCCUUCGAAUUCUAAUCUUAUUUAAAUGUAUGUAUCAUCUUUUAUGUCAAUUUCUGAAAUGUAAUCAGUAAAUUCAGUUAGAAUCACAAGACAGGGCUGUUAUUCCCAAUCAAAUGAGAAUAGUAUCAUCAAAACUCAUGCUUGUAAAACUGCUUUUGAAAUUGUAAGAGUUAUAAUGAAGUUUUUGGUGAAUCUGAAUCUCUUGAAGAAGCGCUCAACUAAAUCCUCUUUUAUACUAAUGAAGUAAAUUGACUGUAAAUAAAGGCUUAUUCUGAAACAUU